AUGCGGUCGUUACUUACAUUUCUAGUUGUGCUUACUGUAGUAGCUGCUCAAUAUUAUCCAUACUAUGGUGGAUAUGGCGGAUAUGGGGGAUAUCCAGGAUACGGCGGUUACGGAUACAACAUGCCAUUUUACAGAGGUGGAUAUGGUGGCUACGGAGGCUAUGGAGGCGGACCAUGGGGAUAUGGUCGACCAUAUGGUGGAUACGGAGGCUACGGAGGAUACCCUGGGUACGGCGGAAUGUAUGGAGGAAUUCUUGCGGUGAUCGCUCUAGCGCAGUUUUGUCCGUCAGGAUUCGAGGACCUCAACGGUGGGACGCCAUGUAACAACGAUGCAUUCUGCGCUAAAUUCGAUUCACGGUUCCAAUGCGUCAGAGGGUACUGCUGCAGAAACCUUGGAGCGUUUUGUUCAAAUCCAACACACCAAGUGGAACGCGAAUCCGGUGUUGUGAAGAACUGCAUGUACAAGCCGUGUUCAAGAGGAUUCCGCUGUGAAUACAAUAACGCAUACGGGCAGUACAUAUGUUGCGGGAAAUACGAGGCCACGAACGAUUACACCUACGGUACUGUUCGAAUGUAUCCUGGUACAUCAAGGCCCUUACAGUGCUUCAGGAAGGAUCAAUGUCUUUGGGUGGACACACCGAAUUGCGUUUAUUCGUAUAGGUAUCAGCAAAAUGUCUGCUGUUCAACUUUCAACUGUUGA